UAAUAGCCGCCUGCAUCUCAGUCCUGGCUGCUGCACACCAGACCAGGCACUAAACUCGACAACCGACUCUGCUUCUCACAACGCCAAACAUUCUCCAGACUUCCUCUUUACAACCCCAUCCCAUUCAUAGUUGUGACACUAGAUUGAGAUACCUAGACAGCUUGUCUUGCCUCCAAUUAGCCUGUUGUCGCCUCCAUUGUUCUUCCACGGCAUCUCUAUCCUCAUUAUUGGGCCGACCUAAUUCCUCGAGUCUUUGCCAGCUCACCACUUCCCAGUCCCUCCACCUCCACUCGAAAAUCAGAGAAGAACGCCCUCACUCGUGAAGCGACCAAUUCUCAACGCCAUGGCCUUAUGUUGAGCCUCUCGCCCUCCCUUACCAUGUGUCGAAUAUCGCCCUGGGUCCACCGGUCUCUCUUGAGUGCGCUUACCAUUGUCACUCCGCCACUCUGCCUACCCCUCUGAAGGCCCAACGUACCCUACCGAUCUAGCUUCACCCUCACACUGCAAGAGGUCGCGUUUGCCUGGGUUUGGAUAAUUGCAGCAAUCGUGCGUGCUUGAUGUAUGCGUCGACGGUGUGAUUGCGGCAGGACAAGCAAGAUAACUGCGGCCCAGCUUUCAGCCCCAUCGCGGCUCGGAAUUCUCUUAAAUACGGACUGUCCUGAUUACAGUUGACCGACAGACGAUUGUGAAGUCUGAGCAGCCAUGUCCACCAACACCACACCCCAGACUCAAUCGCACCCGUACGAUCACAACGGCGAGGUCGACGUGCCCAUGGAAGAUGCGGAUCCUUAUAACCGAACCAAAUAUCCUCCACGACCAACUCACCAACACCGCCUGUCUGCCCAGUAUAUCCCCGAGAUCUCAACGGCUGCUCAGCGCUACUCCCCAAUGAAUGCUCAAUCAACGGGUGCUGGGUACGUUGCCAGUCCCAAAACGCAGAAUCCUUCCUCCUUCCCCUACCUCAACCAGGCCCCGACUACGCGACAGUCUCCCCCUCGCCAAGGUAGCUACAAUACAGAGCGUUACACUGAACCUCCGACCCCAACGAGAUACCCAUCCGAUUAUGGCUCAGCCCUUCAAAGCUCCGCGCUGAGCCCCGAUUCAUACUAUCCUACCUCUGCAAGCAACGCCCGACCUGCUCCUCUUUCAAGACAACAAUCACAGCACCAAGGACUAGGACCGGUACCGAAGUUCAGAAAGGUCAAAACCAUGCAAGAUCUCAACCCCAAGGUCAACACUCAACCACCUUACCGCCGGGCAAAUCCAGAGGGCGGGUUUAUUAGCCCGUUGCAAGCGCUCACCACCUAUCUCCCAGCCACGUACAGAAUAUGUAAUCCUAGCUUCAAGUACGAGUCAUCCCGAAAUCCGAGGCGGGUUUUGACAAAACCGAGCAAAGGAACAAAGAAUGAUGGCUACGAUAACGACGAUAGCGACUACAUUCUCUACGUCAACGACAUUCUGGGGAGUGAAGAGGCGGGGCACAAGAAUAGAUACUUGAUUCUAGAUGUCCUCGGUCAGGGCACUUUUGGUCAAGUGGUCAAGUGUCAAAAUUUGAGAACCCAAGAAGUCGUUGCGGUCAAGGUCAUCAAAAACCGCACUGCCUACUUCAAUCAGAGUAUGAUGGAAGUUUCAGUCCUCGAUUUGCUAAACCAGAAACUCGAUAAAAACGACGACCACCAUCUUCUGCGGCUUAAAGACACGUUCAUACAUCGGCAACAUCUGUGUCUCGUUUUCGAGCUUCUCAGUGUCAACCUAUAUGAGCUGAUCAAACAGAACCAAUUCCGAGGUCUCAGCACGACCCUGGUCCGUGUCUUUGCGCAACAGUUGCUAAACGGGUUGACGUUGUUGAACAAGGCGCGGCUGAUCCACUGUGAUCUGAAGCCGGAGAACAUACUUUUGAAAAACCUUGAAAGCCCAAUCAUCAAAAUUAUCGACUUCGGGUCUGCUUGCGACGAAAGGCAGACCGUCUACACUUACAUACAAUCUCGAUUUUACAGGUCCCCUGAGGUUUUACUGGGGCUUCCUUAUUCGUCUGCCAUUGAUAUGUGGUCUCUUGGAUGCAUUGUUGUGGAGUUAUUUCUGGGUCUGCCGCUCUUUCCUGGUUCGUCCGAGUACAACCAAGUCUCCCGAAUUGUCGAAAUGCUGGGAAUGCCGCCGACGUGGAUGUUGGAGAUGGGAAAGCAAUCCGGUGAGUUCUUUGAAAAGACGACAGACGAAUUCGGUCGUCGUACAUAUCGACUCAAAAGCAUGGAGCAAUAUUCUCGUGAGCACAAUGUCAAAGAACAGCCCAGCAAAAAGUACUUUCAAGCAACUACGCUCCCAGAGAUCAUUCGAAGCUAUUCCAUGCCCCGCAAGAACAUGAAACAGGCCGAAGUGGAAAGAGAAAUGAACAACCGCAUCGCCUUCACGGACUUUGUUCGCGGCUUGCUCACCAUCAACCCCCUAGAACGUUGGUCACCUCAGCAAGCGAAGCUACAUCCUUUCAUCACGCAGCAAAAGUUUACCCAACCAUUUGUUCCCCCAAUGAACCUGAAGUCCCCAUCUAGCAAGACCCCAGCGCCUGGUGUGCAGCAACAACAACAAGCUGAAGCACUCAGCAAGCAACGUGCUGCGCAAGCCGCGCAGGCUCAGGCACAAGCAGUCCACGCACAAGCUCAGGUGCAAUCAGUGGCUCAGAACGCCUAUGCAAUGCAGAUGACUCCUUAUCCACAAUCUCAACCACCACCAAUGUACAACAAUAUGUAUCCGGCUCAUCCACAAGGCGCGCCGCCCCCUUAUCCGACUCACUCGUCAAACUAUCCUGCACAAAUGGGUAUGAUGCAACAAACACCGCAGAUGAAUCCGAGUCACUACAAUCACCAGCAAAGUCUUUACGCGCAGGCCACGCAAAGGGCUGGCCGUCAACGUGCCUCCACCAUGGAUCAACAGCAGGCUGGUAUCCCGGCGGCCAUUCAACGUGUUGCUAGCCAUCUCGAUCCGAACCAACCAAUUAGGCUUCAACCUAGUCCAGCUUAUUAUCCACCUCCCGCGGACGGAUAUGUCGAUUCGCCAUCCACCGCAAGAAGACGUGGCAGUCGGAAUCAAAGAAAUCGUGAUUUUAUCCGGACGCUGGAAGAUGGUGCGAUGGGUGACAGCUUCAUGAACAAGGCGCAGUGGCACUGAGCUGCGUACCAUGAGGACGCCCGGAGUCGUUAUGAUGUGGCUUGAUCGCCGAAUAUCACCAACCCGCAAAAUCACCUACGCGGAUUGAUGAGAGAAUGCCAUUGAUGAACAAGCUGGAAGGCUUUUGCGGAUGCAGGCAGGAAUCAAAGUCCUGCGACAAAAUGCUACUGGGAGCAACAAGCUCUGACGAUCUGACUGUGAAUGUGAGAUUAAAACAGGCAUUAGACUAAGGCGGGGGAUCUGAGUUUCUCCCAGAAGCGACUUGCUGCCUCGUACACCCACGGGUUGUGAUGAAGCAGGAACGGCAGACCGCUGUGGGCGAGCAAUCUUCUCAGCGACACAAGCACUCGAUCUUCAGCUCGUCAGAAUACUUCUCAGGUUUGCAACGAUGAAUGAGCAAUGACUUUGGGCGGCGAAGUGAGCACAGUGUUGACAUGAGGGGUUCAUGGCCAAGUCAUUGAACGGAGAAUGUUGCGGGUUCGGUACAGGACAAGACAGUCAAGUAGGGAAUUUUGGGGUUGUAUUUUGUCAUCUACCCAAUUAUGCUACGUGGAAUUCGACGCAGGUUGAGAAAGACUGGGGGUCCAGCGAGUCUUUGCGAGGUAGCAGUAUUGCUCAUGAUCCCGAGCCAGGGAACUCGAAUGCACGAAGUGUUCCGACGGAAACCCGUUAGAUAACACGAUCUGUACAUCCCUCGUAGGAUUUUCCUCAUGUCAUUCAGUUCGCUGCAAGGAACAGGGAGGGUUCAGCCUUCACAAAGACACGGGCCCGCAGUGACUCACAGAUUUCACAAGCAUCGAGUCGUUGUGACAAUUGCUGUACUUGGUGACUCGAAGGGGAGUGAGAGGCAGUCGAC